GUCAGUGGUAUGGCUGCAUCGGUCUAUCGCUAUGCACAACAAAGGGUAAACUGCCUGCAUGUCAACAGAAUCUUCAGGGUGAAACUUUUCCACGAGCGUGCACGUAUUUAGACCCCUUUGUACCGGAGACGCGGGAGCGAACUGUGCGCGUCAACGCUAACCAUUAAGUCUUUCUACUUUGGCCUCAAUGUGACACGCCUGUCCUAAUAAGGAUUUAAACAACAUAUCAGGUCACUGUUGGAGAAGUGAAUUGAAAGGUGACAGUGGGACAUGCUGUCAUUGAACUGUAUAGAUUUGUGGCCCAAGGGUUCAGUGGGACUGGAGGAAAAAGUAGCCAGUCCUGCUACAAAGGACCUAAUCGAAAGCAGCGGUUUCAACAACAGCAGUUUUGACAACAUGGAUGACAGUCUGACCAGUCUGCAGUGGUUGCAAGAGUUCUCUAUCCUUAGUGACCUUGGAAGGCAACAAGUGAUUUCUACUAGCCAUCAGAACAAACUCUUUGAGCAGCAGCUGGGUGGAGAAGCUCCUGCGUCUCCUCUACCAGGCGACCUUGCCUCCAUAGGCAUGCCACUGACCCCUGAUAAGCCCAUAGCAACAGCAAUUCCUGCCUUGUGCACUCUGCCCAGCAUGGUUGCACAUGGCCACUGCCCAGAUGAGGUUGACUACAAGACAAACCCUCACGUCAAGCCACCAUACUCAUAUGCCACCCUAAUUUGUAUGGCUAUGCAGGCAAGCAAGAAAAACAAAGUCACACUCUCCUGUAUCUAUAAAUGGAUCACUGACAACUUCUGCUACUUCUGCCAUGCUGAUCCCACCUGGAAGAAGUCCAUCCGUCGCAAUCUCUUCCUGAAUAUAUGCUUCAGAAAAGUUCCAAGACAGAAGGAUGAGUCUGGAAAGGGUAGCUUCUGGAAGAUUGAUCCGGAAUAUGCUGAACGUUUCCUGACUGGGCUUAUAAGAAGCAAAGGAUGCCUACGUGCGUGAAGUUGGCCCACUCCCAACCCAAAAUGUAGACAAAAUAGUCUCAAUCGUUUGUGCUGAUAAAAGUUUCGUUUGUGCUGCUUCUGUUUUUAAAAUAUUAGGCAUUAAAUUACAGGUGCAAAUCUCCUCAGUGUGAGCACCCUUUUAGAGUCAAAUUGUCGAAGACUUUUUCAAGACAAAUCAUAUCAUCAUUUGUUCAAUAAACAA